AUGCUCUCGCUUCUUCUCCUUCAGGGACUCUUCUCUUCCCUCGUCCACUGCAGUGGGCAGCCAUGGGUUGUGGGUCAGGCAGUGGGAACGACGAGUGGGCUGGCGAAAGGGCGGAAAUCACCAACGUACCCCGAAGUUUCUGAAUAUCUAGGGAUUCGAUUCGGGCAAGAUACAUCGGCCCAAAACCGCUUCAUGCCGCCAAAACCCUAUUCUGGGACUGGAACAAUGAAUGCAACUUCUUUUCACAUUCUGCAUAUACCGUACUUUGAUCAAGCUCAGUGUGAUUUAUCCAGAGCUUGUCCCCAAGUCGCGCCUCCAGGACCGCCGGGCGCCUUCCCAAUACCAGCAGUAACAAGCGAAGAUUGCCUUUUUAUCAACGUUUGGUCGAAACCCCAGUCCGGGGAAACAAGAAAAGCAGUCGUACUCUACAUUUUUGGCGGAGCCUUUAUCGGGGGUGAUGCUUCCGCUUCGAUUUCCAACGGCGCUGGCCUAGCGAACAACGAGGACGUCAUCGUGGUCGCUCCGAAUUACCGUGUCAAUGUUUUCGGAUUCCCGAGUGCCCCUGGACUCACCCAGAAAAAUCCCGGGCUCUUAGACCAGCGACUCGCCGUGGAAUGGACGAAGAAGAACAUCGCCGCGUUCGGUGGAGAUCCAGACCGCAUUACUAUCUACGGCGGAUCUGCCGGUGGCUCUUCGGUCGAUUAUUAUGCGUACGCAUGGACGAAAGACCCGAUUGUAAACGGACUGAUCGCAUCAUCUGGCACUGCGAUGAUGACCGGGCCAUUCUCGCUGACGCGCCCAGGAGACUCGAAUGACGGAUGGUACAAGCUGAGCGCCAGUCUUGGAUGUGGAGGUGCAGAAGCCGGAGAGCGCACCAUCGCGUGCGCCCAAACGAAGUCCAUGAAAGAAAUCCAAGCUGCAAUUCCUAUUCCCAGUGGAACCGGAGUCAGCAUGAUCACAGGCAUGUUUGGUCCCAUGGUCGACAAUCAGACCAUCUUUUCCGAUUACUAUGAACGAGCGAAGGCCGGAAAUUUCAUUCAACGGCCCAUGCUUGUUGGCAGCAACCACAACGAGUCCCUUCUUUUCACGACGCUUGGCAACAUCACGGAUCCAAAGGCUGCCACCUCUUUGGAAAAUGGAUUCAACUGCGGCGCGGCGGAGGCGGCAAAGGCAAGAUCGCUUCUCGACGUUCCAGUAUGGAGAUACCAUUUUGCAAAUAACCCGCCGAACUCAACUUUGGGUGCGCUCCACGGUAUGGAUGUUAUGUAUGUUUUCGGAGAUGGUGUAGAAGGCGUAUCCAAGUUGCUUCAGUCCUCCUGGGCGACGUUCGUGAGAGAUCCGAAGAAGGGGCUGUCUAAGAUUGGUUGGCCGAAAUAUGAUCCGAAAGGGAACACUCUGGUACGGCUUGCCUACAACAGCGUUCCAGUUGCGGACUUCGUUCCAGCCACAAUGUAUGAUGGAACCUGUCCUACCAGUCAGAUCUAG